AUGGAGGUCGACGCGGAGAUCCUCGCCGUCGUUAUCUUGGUCAAUAUCCGCUUGUGGCUCCAACAUCAAAGGGGAAACGAGGGCCUUGCAGCAAAGUAUCAAUUAACCGAGAAUAUAAGAGCAGCCCAAAUCACGCUCCCCUACGUGUUUGUGGACAACCUGAUCACCCUGGUCGAUUUGGUAGCCGAGCAGGGCUGGGGGCUGAGUGUACUGUACGAUCACCCGUACUGUCUCGACAGCCCGUUCUUCUACUUCUUUGGGUAUAUCGCAUUGUUGGUGAUCCGCCACCUCAUCCUCUUCGCCCUUCCAACCUUUAUUUUCUGCCUGAGCCACACCCUCCGAAAACCCCUCAUCGAGAUCAAGCAGAAAUUGAAGGGACGCAGCCACAAAAUAGCCGAAGCAGAAUUCAAGGAGCGGAAAACAGAGUUCAAGAACGUAAUGGGAAAGGUCGUAACUCUUUCCGCAUCCCAGGAUGCAUACUUCGAUCAACUGAAAGAUUUGUGG